AUGUCGACGCAAUUUGAAGUUGAGUUUUCUCUCGAGCAAUGGGAAGAAAAAUUGGAGAAGUUCCAUUCCAUGGAGAAGGAAAGUACGUCGAGCUUGAUGGAAUACGCGGCUAAAAACGAAGAAAAGUAUCUCAAUUGUCAAUAUGACGAAAUCAUGGCGCAAAUAAAAGCUUGUGGGAAGAUCAAUGAUCAACUGAUUCACGCAGGUCAUGAACUAGACCCCGUUGAUCAUCUCUGGAAGUAUUUGAAAAGAUACGAAAAAAUAGCGGAGGAAACUUAUCACUACGUCGGAUACAUGCGUGCAUCGAUUUCUGGGAAAAUUUCUGCUUCGGGCGAAUCUCAGCCGCAGCAUGAUGAUGAAGAAGACGAUGAUACGCCGCGUAAAAUCAUGCUGAUGGAAAAUUGUCUUCGUGACUUCGAAUCCAAGUUGGAGCGAGGUUCUAAUCGACGAAACUCCUCGAAUCGGAAAAUGCCGCUCAAUGUUCCUGUUGCACCCGAACCCGAGGUUGCCAUCGAAAAUGCUCCUUGCAAUGAUUUUCUCGCCUUUCAGGAUAUUUUGAGGAAGAUGCGAAUUGUUGACGACAAGAUAGUAUAUGCUUUGAACUCGACGAUUCCUACGGAGUCCUUCAGAGGUUCUGUUGAUGCUGGUGAGAGAUGUCGUCAGUUGUAUCAUCAGUUGAAAGUUACGUUAGAUAGAAGAGAGCAUGCCUUAAAAAGAUGUGCCAAUGAGAUGAGCGAUUCCGUUUCUGAAUUAGUGAGACAGAAGGAAUCUUCACCUGGCGAUUUGAAUGUUCUGAAAUCGUUGGGCAAGCAGCAAAAUUCGUUACGUCUGAUCCGCUCGGAACUCUACGUCGAGGAUAUCCUCAGAGAUCGGACAUUCAAAGUGUUCUUCGACAAAUGUCGCCAUUUUUACACGCCCGAUGAUGCUCAGAAGUGAUGAAAAGAUAAAUUAUUUGCUCCUUGUUGUGGUGUCGUUCGCACACCGAGAUAGGUCUGUGGUCCUGGGAUUGUUAGAAGAAAUGUCUAGGGAUCAAUUUGGUUUAUUUGUCAUCCGGUCUCAGUGAGUGGUUGAUAAUGAACUUUCGAGAUGAUGGAAAUCUAUUGUGAG